GCCCGCGACGCGGCGCACCAGUGAGUACCCAGGCUCCGUCCACGAAGCCCCUUUUCCGCGCCGCGUCCCAGUCGCUCCGCCCCGCGCCGCGCGCCGCAGUCCGCGAGUGCAGUGUGGUGUUGUUGUAGUGCAGUGCACAGCCCAGGAGGAUUACCCCGUUGGAUCUUUUGAGCACUCCACUCCGCCCCGCCCCGCCGCCAGGAUGAUGACCGAGACGGCCGUGACGGUGACCACCGGGCACCCCCAGCAGGCGCACCCCCAGCAGCACCCCACCGUCAAGACGGACCCGGGCCAGUCGCCGGGCAGCCUGUCCUGGAUGCGCAUCAACGUCAACUACUUCAAGACCCUGCCCGGCAUCCUCAAGCUGGUGCAAGUGGUGCUCGGUAUCCUGUGCAUGGCGCUCGCCUCCCCAGCGUACCUCGGAGCCACUCACUGGUUCCUCUUCGUGGUCGUGUCCGCCUUCAUCGCCACCCUCAUCUGGAUCUUCGUGUACCUGCUCGGCAUCAGGGAGGCCCUUAGGCUGCCUAUCAACUGGAUCUUGACGGAGCUGAUCAAUACUGGAAUCAUGACACUCCUGUACUUCAUUGCCUUCAUCGUCCAACUGGCUGCCUGGUCACCACUGUACGCGUACUACAGAGGUUCCAACAUUGCGGCAGGAGUGUUCGGCCUUUUCAACUUCAUCGCGUACGCGGCGGGGACGUACUCGCUGUACUUGGAGUGGAAGGGCGCGCCGGUGACUGUGAACCAGUGAGGACCUGCUGCGUGUAUUGGGCUGCCUCUCACCGCCAGCAUAAUACGACUGUUUUUGUUAUCAUUUUGUCAUAUUUUAUUUCUUAUCUUUUCUGAUUUUGUAAAAAAGGCGAGAGCCUGGUGUGACGGGAUAAAUAGACGAGAUCUAUUCCCCGGUUGGCUCGUGCAAGUUGAUAUUGUUUCGUAUGACAUAUCCACGCUUUGUAAAAGCAUGCAAAACGUAGGUUGAUUGUAGGGUUUCACCUUGAGUUGAGCUCUUGCCAAGCAUGGUAUGUUUACUGUAUUCCUCACUGUGUACGAUGUUUCGUAGCGAUCCGACUGAGUGUUUUAUGCCUAGAACAAACCAAAUCCUGCUUGCGCCACAAAAAAGACGAUUAAUACAUUUUGGCUAAAGUGUGAUUUCAAUUUUUAUUUCGAAGACAGUGCACUGCAAAAAUUUUAUUAUCACUGUAGUCACACACGUACUUAAUAUUUUUGUAGAACCAUUCCAACCGCCUUAUAUGCGAACACGGAAAUUCUUUUUAAGUACGGGAUGUGUAAAUGAAAAUACGCCACACUAGUCGACUUCAUAAAAGUUAUUUUUAUCAGAGAUUUUGUUUUCUUCAGUAUUGUUUCGACCGUUUAGGCAAUUACGUCAAGCGAAUUUAUAUAUACAUUCAUAAUAAACUUCAGUGUGGUAGUGUGUGAAUGGAUAGAAAGCAUGCAUGGGCAUUGGGUGUGUGAGAGUGAGAAUGUGAGAGAAACUUAAAAGUCAGUGUGUAAUUGUUGUGUAAAUGGCCCCCCUAUUGUGUGAAAAUAGCCUGUAAGUAUUUAAUUUAAUUUUGUUAUGAGUGAAAUACCUAUUUUAUAAUGAGCUUUUAUAAGUUACGAUUGGACUUCGCUCCCCGAGGUUCCUGGCCUUGGAUACCAAGAAAAAAUAACCAAUUCCUGGGAGUGCAAAAAUAUUAACCUAGAUACAGAGCCUACAAACUAGUAUUACCGCAGAAUUUGUGUCUCUUUACACCCUGGGUGUUCCAAAACUAUUUGGGACUUCAGUUAUUUUGUCGUGUAAUUGAAAGAUUAUAUUGUUCAAUGCCAUAGUAAGUGUUUUAUUUGUCACAAACUCAACUGAAUAAAUGUUAAUAAUCAAUUCA